AGGACGGACGCGCGCCGCAGGACCGCGACCGGCGGACUAGAGGGCAAUACACACACAGACAGUCAGGCAGGAAGGAAGACCCAGAGACAGACAAGCAGCCAGCAGGUUCCGACAGGACAGUAAAUGACGGCGACGGAGGACGCGCUGGAGACCGCGCGCCUCGUGAUCAUCUCCGCCGCGGCCGUGAUCUCGUCCGUCGUGGCGGUCGUGCUCUUCCGCAGGAUACCGGACCCGGGCUACUCGAGGGGACGACGGAGAGGCCGCAGUCGCAGCCGGAAGCCGCCGCUGCCGCCGCCGCACGCCACGGGCCCCGCGCUCUUCUACUCGGUCAUCAUGACGGACUGGUUGUUCUCGGUCACGGGCGCCGUGAGCCAGUCCAUGGACAUGGUCAUGGGUGCGGGCGUCAAGGUGCGCACGGUCAUCGGCGCCAGCGUCGACUCGUUCUUCUCCGUGAGCUUCGUCGUGUCGCUGCUGUGGGGGAUUGUGCUGGCGAUUUUCGUGCUGCGGACGCAUCGGUGGGCGCGCGGACACCAGGCGACGAGUCCGCCGCUCAAGAGGUUUGCGGUGCGGACGAGCUGGCUGGCGAUCUGGACGGUGGGACUCGGCGUUGGCCUGGUGUCCACCGCGCGGCUGCAAGCGCUAAUCGUGAACGACGACUCGGCCGACGAGCUCCAGGACUGCCUGCGCUACUUUUUCGUGGCUGUGUACGCGCUGUCUGCAGGCAGCGUGGUUGGAGCAAAUGUGGUGCUGUUUCUUCAGAAAAGACGGCUGAAAAACGUGCAGGAGCUGGCCCCUAAUGCGGACACUGCGCUAGCGGACUCGUCUCUGGGCGACAGUGCUGAAAACGCCGAGUUGGCGUCCACCAAGACGUUCCAGAUGCAGGCGGAGCAGGCGCUUCGACUCGCGCACGAGCAGCUCAUGCGGUACUUCCUGGUUGUCCAAGUGCUGCAGUUCCCCAUGAUGCUCUGCUACAUGCUGGGCAACGACGUUGUGAGCUACGCGACGUACGAGGUCGCUGACUGUCUGUUGUUCAGCGUGCCGCUGUUUAACGCCAUCAUGUUCGGCUGCCGGCAUUUGGGCGAAGCGCGACUCCCGCAGGACCGAGACGAACUGCGGAACCAGACAAUAUUGCAGACAAGUAGUAACACCUCCCGGCAUGGCGAACGACCACGAGAUCGCAUGGGGACGGGACUAUUGGCUGGUAGCGGCAACGGCGGCGGCGUCGCAAGCGUCUUCGCUUCGUCUUAUCGGACAGUGUUCGGCAGCAGCGCAGCAAGCAACAACACAGGGAAGGACUCCAUGAAGAGCACGUACGUGGGCAACGAGAUAGUGACUUUGGAGGAGUUGAAUGGACUCUCGAACGUCUCAUUUAUCGCCGAAGGUGCGGCUGGAAGUGUGUUCAAGGCGCAGUGGCUGGGCAUCGAAGUUGCCAUGAAAGUGAUCAAGCUUCCGAAUGUGGGCGCGAAUGGCGUAGCGGAUGUGGACCUCUACCGCACGAUUAUCCAGAACUCGGAGGAGGCUUUCAUCGAAGAGGCCAAGCUGUGCUCUCGUCUGCGGCAUCCGAACAUCACGCUGUUCAUGCGUGCCGGAUACUUUGAAGGCAAGUUGGGAAUUUUGACCGAGUAUUGCUCACGAGGCAGUCUGAAGGAUGUACUCAAGCGCCACUUCCCUCUAAGCUGGCGGCGCAAGGUGGCACUGGCACUCCAUAUCUCGAAGGGUCUGACCUACCUGCACGCGCGCAAUCCGACGUACAUCCAUCGCGAUCUCAAGGCGUCCAACAUUUUGGUCACGGAGACUUGGCAGGCGAAGCUGGCGGACUUCGGUAUUUCCAAAGUGUCGAACUUCGUGAACCGCGUACGAUACAGCGAACGUACCGUCACCAUGGCAGAUCAGAACCCAAGUAUCUCGGACGAACUGACGUCGUUCGCAGGUACCUGGCGGUGGAAUGCUCCCGAGAUUUUGCAGGACCCGCACAACUGUCGAUACAGCCGCGCGACGGACAUGUACUCGUUUGGAAUGGUGUUGUGGGAGAUUGCGUCGGACGGCGCUGUUCCGUUCAGCGACACCAAGUUUGACUUCGAGGUCCGCGAGAAGGUGCUUGUCGAGCAACGCCCGCCCAUCAACCACCAGCGGUGUCCAUCACGCUUUGCGAAGCUUAUCGAGGAGUGCUGGGCCCAGAACGCCGCGCUUCGUCCAUCGGCGCCACAAGCUGCGGAGAUUCUCAACACGAUUCUGGACAGCAUGUCGAAGGAUUCAACGGACUACUCCACACUGUCGUCCAUGUCCGGAUCCGAGUACACGAACAGCAUCUUCUCGUCGCUGCGGACUGGGGAGGGCGCGUCGGAUCUCGACCAUCGCCCUAGCUCUUUCCUGGGCCAGCGGAUCACGAACUUCUUCCGCGGUCGCUUCUCCGGUCGCAGCAGCACUAGCAGCGCCAUGAGCGAGGAGUACCACGAUCACCAUGAAAGCGAGCACUUCUACAAGUUCACGUCCCCGUACCCCGCCGAGAACAUCAGUGUGCUGAGCGGCCGGGGCAGUGCAGCUGUGGAAAUGAUUCCUGGGACGACGGACUCGUCGGGCUUCCCGAUUGUGGGUCUGCCCAACGACAGCCGUCGCGGUGACGGUUUGAUCGGAGGACGCCUGUCGUCGCUGGACGAGUACGACUUCGAGAUGGAGGGAAGCCCGUCCGACAUGACGACCUACAGCCGAAGUCCGUCGGAGCGUGGCGGCUCCACGAUGCUGCCACCAUUCCGCCAGGUCAACACACAGCCAGCCAGACGCGAGAACGUCCGACCGAGUGAAGACCCCCGGCCUAGCGACGACGGCGCCGAGUUCUCGCUGGGCGCCAACGGCCGAAUCCGCCAUCUCCAGUUCUAG